AUGGUACAAAUUCCGAAAAAUAAAAUUGUCUCAAGAAUUGAAAAUUGUAAAGAAAAAUGUAAAUGGUAUGAUUUCUCAGACAUUAUUGAGAUAAGAAUGAAUAUUUAUAGGGCUAAAUGGAAUAGUAAGAUUGUCGUCCUCAAAAAACCGCAAGAAUUCGAGAGAAUUCGAAAGACAGGUGUAUUAAAAGCAUUGACCCACGAUAUCCAACAUCCUAACAUUAUUAGAUUUUAUGCUAUAACGAACGGUAAAAUUAUAUUUACAACUAAAUAUGAUAUAUACGGAUUAGGCGUUAUUCUUUGGGAGAUUUCAAGCUGUCGUAUACCAUUUGAUGGCAAAACAUUUUUAGAAAUAAUGGCACUUACACAAAAUGGUGUGAGAGAAAUCCCUACAAGAAUGUCAUUAAAGUAUGAUAACCUUUACAAGAGUUGUUGGGAUGGAAAUCCAGAUAAUAGACCUGAAGCAAAUGUUAUUCUCGAAACAGCUGCUGUAAAGGCCAAAUUAAUUGACUUUCCACCUUUCAUAAUUAUCCAAGAAAAUUUUAUAAAUUCUAUUGACAUUCAUGCUGAUGAAGGUCUUAUACCUCAAGGAAGAUCAUUUGAUAC